AAUAAAAAUAUGGAAGUAUUCAAGACUUUUAUAAUAUAUUUAAUCCAUUUAUUAUUUAUAAGUUACGUGCUUUUUGAUUAUUUCUACUUAAGAGAAAAGUUAUUUCCUAUAACCCUACCUGUUAUAAAAUAUAUUUAAUAGAACUUUUCCACCUAUUAUUUUAUAAAAUUCAACUAAUUUAUAGCUUUACUUAUAAAACCAGACUUUUGUGCUUUAUUUAGUGUAUUUUAUAUAAGUAUAACCAGCAAUAAAUAUAAAGCUGUUAAAACAUUAUUAUUUUAAAUUUUUGGUUUAUAUAUGCUUCUUUUCUUCAAAAUAUUAAUGAAUGAUCCUCGUCCAUAUUUUGUUGAUAAUGAAAUUAAAUGUUAUGAAUGUUAUGCUGAUUUUGGAAAUCCGUCAGGACAUGCAACAUGCGUGUGGAUGUUUUAUGGUAUUUUACUAACUGAUAUAUAUAAUGAUGUCAAAUUUAGUAAAAACAAGUCUUUAGUAAAUAUUUGCAAGUAUUUAUUUUUGGGUAUUUUCUUGUUUUUGUAAGUAUCGAUUGUUUUUUGUAGAAUUUUUCUAGGUGUACAUUCUUUUAACUAGGUUCUUUUAGGAACUGUAUUUGGGAUUUAUAUAUAUUUGAUUUACCUCUUAUAAUGUAAUGAUUUAGUGGAACAUGUAUUUAACUUUUUGAGAAAUACUAAAAUUUCUAAAGUUAAAAAAUUCAUAAGAUUAUUUUUUGGAUUUGUUUUAGCAAUCUAAGUACCAGUUUUUAUUUACUAAUAUUUAGAAAAAGAUGUACCCGAACUUUGGGUGUAAAAUGUAUUAACUUAAUGUCCUAAUAUGAAGGAAUAUAAUAAGUUUUAUAAAGCUUGUUUCAGGGGAUGUGCGGCUAUUUCAUUUGGAUUUGGUUGUUUAUAUGGUCUUAUUUUAUUGGAUAAAACUAGAAAACUUAUUUUAGAAGAUUAUAGAAUUUAAGAAGAAAAUAAAAAAACUCAUAAUAAUAUUUUAAAUUUAAGUAAUUUAUUGAAGGCUUUUUUAGUAAUGUUUAUUUUUAUUUUCAUAUUUUUGAUAUUUACACAUGUUUACAAUAUUGGAAGGUUUGUGGAUAUGCCGGUUAUUUAUGAUAAAUAUUAUUCAAUGGUUAUAGGAGGAUUUAUUUCCAUUUUGAUAAUAAUUUUUAUAUUUCCUUUAAUUUAUUAAGCUGACUAAGGAAAAAAAAUAAAAAAAGAAUGAAAAGCAUAUAUAAUAAUUAUAUAUUUAUUUGUUUUUCUAUAUAUUAAAAUAAAAUCAUA